GCAGACAUCUUUACAAGAAACAGAAAUUCAGCAACGAUGCAAACACACAACGAAAUCAUCGCUCGUUUUCUUCAAAGGAUAGGCCUACGGGAUGUGCCAGGCUGUAAUAGUUCGAUCGUUCAGCUGUAGCACCCUUUUGGUGCCUAGCUGCCAUGCCGCCCGAAGGUUGCACGAGGGCUGCCAGGUUGCCCAAACCUAGACAGGGGAAGUCGAUAGGCAGAGGCCGGGUUCGAAGCACGGACCUUCCGCAACGGUAUUUUCCUCAACUUAGUUCUCGGUCUGAGCUUCCCAAGCUAGCGUUCACGUCAAAACAACUACCAAAGGUGCACAAGAUCUAUUGA